GCUUCCUGCCUGGCGGAGGGAGGGACGGACGGACGGUGCUGACGGCUGGGAGGACGAGGCAAACGACCCAAAAAGCGCCUUAAAAAAAAGACAAAAGAAAGGGGGAAAAGGGCCCGGGGUUCCACCUUCCGUCGGCGUUACAACUUCAGCUCGACACCGCUCAGCUACCCAAAUCUAAAUUGAAUGCAAUGUCGUCCAGUCGUCAGUAUAGCGAGAGCAGGGCCAUUCCGACCAGGACGGUGCUGAUCGACGACUCAACGCAGCUACCUCACGAUUAUUGCACCACUCCUGGAGGCACUUUAUUCUCAACUACCCCGGGCGGCACCCGGAUCAUCUAUGACCGUAAGUUCCUGUUAGACCGGCGUAAUUCCCCUAUAGCCCAAACUCCACCAGCACACCUGCCCGUCAUCCCCGGAGUGACGAGCCAAAACAUUCUGAAUGAGAAGAAGAAGAAAAAGAAUGAAGCCAAUAACAUCAAUAACCACGAUGGCAAACCAGGAACAGGUGAAGAUGCUCAGUUCGAGAUGGACAUCUAAAGAAGAGGAACCAACAUGAUGAGCGAAUAAUAAUCUGGCGUCCAUGUGCCAGUGGCUUGGCUUGUAGAAACCAAUGUUGUGAGCCCUCUCCUUUAGCUCUCUCUAGCUGUUGGUUGAUAAAUAAUCAUGGGAUAGUCAACUCCUGUUGGCCCAGUGGGCUGCUGGAGCCCUAAAAGUUAACAAAUGAUGAUUAAUUGUUUGAUUAGGUUUCAGGGCUACCAACAGCUGUACAGUCUUUGGCCACCCAGCAAGGGAAAUGUCUGUAUUUAAGUGCCCAAAUGUAACAAUUAAUGUAAUCCGUUUCACUUGCAAAACAGCCACCAAGAGAUUUCUUCAUGGUUAUUUAGUGCCGUUUUUACAGUAAGAUAAACGACCCAAAAUGUUCACUGUGUCUGUUAUCCAGGCAUUUCAUCAGUGCACCUUCUGUUACCUCCUUGUUGUUUCAUCAUUUUCAAUAGUCAAUUUUUUCAAGUAUGUGGGGGUUUGUUUGUUUUGUUUUAUUUCCUUAACAAGGUCUAGUAGCAUUUGACGAGGGUCGUGCGUUUCGGUUUUGAAAGAGAACCAUUUUCAUUCCAACUCUUUCGAAUUGCGCAUUGCUACAUCGCUGGAACCAUUGUUUUCUUUUUUCAAAUGUGCUAUAACUUGCUUUAGAUUCAGCAUGGGUAAAUAGUUUUAUAAAUGCCUAAACCAUGCACUUUAAGUAAGAAGCGCAGUUGGAAUCCUGCCAAAUUUCUACUCCAAUAUUUUCCCCUUCAUCUUUUAUUUAAUGCAAAAAUAUCAGUUGGAAAACAUAUUGAUGACCAGGUUGUUUUCCGCUAGUGAUACUAUGAUCAGUUGUCAGAUUGAUCUUUGCCUGCAAUAUAAUUUGCACCCUGUCUUUUGAUUUCUGAGUAAAUUCCUGAUGAUACUUGAAGCAUUGCCAUCAGCUUUGUGGUCACAGUCUAAAAGAAAAAAAACAGAUGCUGUAGUACAAGUGACCCAAAACUAGUUGUUGGUCAAAGGUAAUGACAACAUGCACAGCUUUUGGACCAGUAAAGGGUUAAAUCAGAUUUAUAUAAUAGGUAAAAAGAAGCCCCAUUCCAGAGCUGGUCUCAAGAUGCAGUUAUGUCACUUACAAUGUGUGACUUUUAGCGCCUACACAGGUGAAAUAAUAGGGAAGUAUAUACACCAUAAUGCCAGUUGUGACGUCUACUUUUGCUUUCCAUUUGCUACUAUAUUUACAAACCUUCAACAUCAGUUUAAAAUGGUAGGAAAGCACUGAAGUGUUGUCAGGAAGUUUGUUCUGCAAUUAUGCAUCAGUGAUAAUGCGGUUAGGAAAAGUUGUAACAGCAUUUGAGAUGAUGAAUAGUUGCAGUGACCUGGCAUUUGAUUUUUUUUUUUUUUGUAUUAUAUAUUUUUUUGGACUGAUCAAAAGCUUGAAUGAAACAUUUCCAGUACUCCUCUAUGCACAUUAACUCGUUUAUAUCUUAUCCUAAGCUCAGCAUAAAAAAAAAAAAAAAUGUAUCUAUGAAAUUUUUUUUUUUUUUUUGGUUUCCU